AUGGAAAAUUCUUCUGAGAAACCAAAGGAGUCUCAUACCAUUCUGGUUAUGGGCCUCGAUGAAUCAGGAAAGACAUCCAUCUUCAAUCAUUACUUUUUCGGUGAGUUAUUUGCACCAGCUCCAACAGACGUUUUUGAAGAAAAUUUACAUGAGUUUUAUGGUCAUAAUCUCAAUUUUAGAGAAAUAGGUGGCCGCUAUAGAUUCAAACCUCAGCGUUAUGAUAAUCUUUCUGGCAGUAAAGCUAUAAUUUGGGUUUUCGAUUCAAUUGACCAAUAUAGAAGAACAGAAUCUUUUGAAGAACUUGACGAGUUACUGAAAAGAGAAGAAGUUGCUAAUCUCCCACUUCUAUUUAUUGUCAAUAAACAAGAUUCUAAAUUUGCAAUGCCAUGGGAAGAUAUCGAAAAUACAUUUCAAUUUGAAGAAAUUCGAAAGAGCAGACCAGUCAACUAUAUUUGCACUACAUCACACACUUGCCAAAACGUUACUGAAGGCUUGUUAUGGUUACUUACUAAAAUUGGCUUAGAACCAGUUUAUGAGCAAGAGGAACCAAAAGAACAAGAACCUCAAGAAGAUGAACAACCAAGAGAACUCCAAUUUAUUUAA